AUGGCCACUUCGUAUAGCGAUUCACCUUCAUCUCCAUACAACGAAGACUCUACAGAGGAGACAAAGCAGGAACGUGCAGCUAUUGAGGAGAAAAUUAUAAAUGAAGAGUAUAAAAUCUGGAAGAAGAAUUCUCCCUUUCUUUAUGAUUUAGUCAUUACUCAUGCCCUUGUAUGGCCAACUUUAACGUGUCAGUGGUUUCAAGAUAUCGAUAGGCCCGAAGGAAAAGACUACACUCUUCAGCGUCUACUAAUUGGUACGCACACGUCAGACAACGAUCAAAAUUACGUUGAAAUUGCACAGAUUCAACUUCCAAAAAAUGAUGUCAAUGUUGAUCCUCGAAAAUAUGAUGAAGAGAAAGGAGAAAUAGGAGGUUAUGGUGGUACUACUGAGAGCAGAAUUAGGGUCGUUCAAAAAAUUAAGCACGAUGGUGAAGUCAAUCGAGCGCGAUAUAUGCCUCAAAAACAGGAUAUAAUCGCUACAAAGACAGUUUCUGGUGAUGUUUAUAUAUUCGACCGUACAAAGCAUCCAUCAAAACCUGUAUCUGAUGGUACCUGUCAACCUGAGCUAAAAUUACGGGGUCAUAUAAAAGAAGGAUACGGAUUAUCGUGGAGCCCAUUAAAAGAAGGUCAUAUAUUAGAUGCAUCUGAAGAUACCACAAUUUGCCAUUGGGACAUUACUGGAGCUACUAAAGAUUCACAAACGAUGGAACCAUUUCGCAUUUAUCGAGGCCAUGAAGCAUUUGUUGAGGAUGUGGCAUGGCAUGCACUAGAUGAACACCUAUUUGCUUCAGUUGGUGACGAUCAAAAGUUACUCAUUUGGGAUACACGUUCAGAUAAGGCCGAUAAGCCUGCCCAUUCAGUUAUUGCACAUCCAAGUGAGGUUAAUACUUUGGCAUGGAAUCCAAAGAAUGAAAAUAUUUUAGUGACGGGUGCAGGAGAUAAGACUCUCAAUUUGUGGGACCUUCGUAAUCUAAAAAUUAAACUACACACAUUAGUGCAUCAUCAAGGGGAAGUCUUACAGGUUGAGUGGUCACCAUACGACGAAACUAUCCUAGCAUCUGCGGGAGGUGAUAGAAGAGUAAAUAUAUGGGAUUUAAGUCGAAUUGGCGCAGAGCAAACAGCAGAAGAUGCUGACGAGGGACCUCCAGAAUUAUUGUUUAUGCAUGGCGGACACACUAAUAAAAUAUCCGAUUUCAGUUGGAAUCCUCAUAUACCCUGGGUGAUUGCUAGUACUGCCGAAGAUAAUAUAAUUCAAGUUUGGCAACCGGGACAUUCCUCCUGA